AUGCAUGCUACGGAAAAGCACGUAUUUCAGUUAACUGGGAACGGAACAAUAAUAUUAUCACCCAUACCGGAGAAGUAUUUCGCAGCAGACCCAGAACUUGUAAUUGGAAGCGUCCGAUUCAAGGUUCGUUUUCCUGCAUGGGUAGGAGAUGGAAAUGUAUUGUCACAGCGGAUAAAAGAAGUGCUUCCAGACUUCAAGGUUGAUAUCGAGCCAAAGACAAGUGGAAAAACCUAUGGAGAAAAUUCCUUCACGAUUGUAAUACGGAACCGAGUUGAAGCACCGUGGGGCUACCCGGAUUUUCAAAUGGAGGCGCUAAACAAACUGGAGCAACUUAUACAGUGGCCUUUUAUGAGUGAAAUAAAGGUGGACGCAAUUCAAUGGCCCAGUUUAGAAGGUAACCAGACUGUCGUUGCUCGUUGCUCUGCAGAAUUUUCCCACGUUUAA